AUGAGUUUAGAUCGUGAAGAAAUUCUGGAAGCAUUCCAGCGAGCAACAGCCGAAUUGAAAUUCUGUCCCAACCGCGUAUGGUCUAUUGGGGGAGAGAAGCUUCCAGAUUUAUUGCCUAAUAGCAAUUUGAUGUCAUCCGCGUUCUCCAGGCGCGAGCGACAGGGAAGUCAUAGCGAGGAAAAUAAUCACGAGCUAUGUACAUUCGACUUUUGUGAGUACUCGCAACGUGACUUCACAGCGAUUCAACAGCGACACGAGUGCAAAGAUGUCACCAGUUGCAUAAAGCUACGUGGUAUGUUUCCAAGAGGGAUAUUGAAUGAAGCUGCAAGUCAUGGAAGAUCAACGGUGUGGAAAUUGGCUGGAAAUACCAUGCUUGAGCCUCCGCUCCCAUAUAUGGCAGUUUCUCAUGUCUGGUCAGACGGAACUGGAGCCGGGGCGUGGCGGGAUGGAGAAGUUAACGAAUGCAUGUACAAGUUUUUCCGAGAUAUUGCAGAGCAGUUCCAAUGUGAGGGAAUCUGGUGGGAUACUAUUUCCAUUCCGAGAGAGAAGACCGCCAGGACCAAAGCCAUUCGGAAAAUUCAGAGCAAUUACCAGGACGCCCGAAUCACCUUGGUGCAUGAUUGUUUCCUCCGGAACUGGGAUUGGGAUCCAGAAACUGCAUGCUUUGCUAUACUGAUGUCCCCUUGGUUCAGUCGAGGCUGGACCGCUCUCGAAUUAGCCAAGUCUUCUAAGGUGAAAGUGAUCUUUAAAGGGCGUUACGGCCCCAUCAUAAAAGAUCUUGACGAAGAGAUUCUUGCUCAAGAAAACGACCCUGAUAGUCCACGCAAAAGGGCAUCUCAGAUCAUUAAGAAUCUACGGAAGGAAUUCACGUCUUUGAAUGAUCUUUUGACCGUUUUGGGCCCACGUUACACGUCUUGGUCCAAAGAUCUAGCCACAAUUUCCGCACUGCUAGUCGGCGUUGUACCGGAUGAACUGCAGCAAAAUACAUACAGAAGUAUCCUACGAAAGUUAGGCCGACUUUCACCUGGACACCUCUUCCAUAACACUGCGACCAUGUCCAUAGGACUCAGCUGGUGCCCAGCCAGUUUGUUCAACAUACCUCUGGACAUGUCAUCGGAAGCUAGCCUGAUUAUCUCCGACGAUGGAGUUCGAGGGAAGUGGCGUGUCAACCCUGUGGAGGCAAUGCUUGAAGAUAAUUGUUUGUGGGAUUUUUCGCAUCCUCUAAUAAGACGGCUGCUCCAAAAAGCCCUCAAACAGCCUGAAAAUUGCUGGCUCUUAGCCAAGUGCGGGAAUAAACCAGUGAAAGAGGCUCUGCUCGUGAAGAAAAUCCAGAACGCGCGAUGCCAAUACGUUGGUGCCCUUUAUUUCCGCCAAGAGCUUUCAGUGGAGAACAUCGAUGAGUGGGUCGAAAAAGAAGUGAUUAUAUCAAAUGCUCCGGACAGCAAAGAUACGAGGCCUGAAUACCUUCGCGAUAGGAUCAGUAGAGACCGCAUAGACAAAGUUGGCUCUGGCAUUCACCUGAUUGAGGAAGGGGAGAACCAAAACCUUCCAGAACUCGAGGCAUUGCGGCGUGGAGUAUGGAGAGGAGAUCAUAUGGUGGUAUCGAAGCUGGGCCUAAAAUCCCAUUUACAUAUUGCCGAUUCACUUGGACGGGGGCUGCUUCAUCUUGCUUCCGAAAGAGGGGACACGAUGAUGAUGGAGGUCUUGCUUCAAAGGGCUGAUUUGAAGGCGGCGUGCAACAAAGGGCAAUCUGCACUGCAUCGAGCUUGUUGGGGAGGCUCUGCAGCAGCUGUGAGGCUCUUGUUAAGUCACAACAACGAAACAAAUGUGAAAGACACCGAUAACAACACGCCGCUUCACAUAGCAGCACAGAUGGGAUUUGAACCGAUUGUGAAAAUUCUCAUUAUCGAACAAAACACUUUUGUCAAUGCAAAAGGAUGCAAUGAUCUCACACCUCUCCACUAUGCAGCAAUUAACGGACACAAAGAAGUGGCGGAGUUGCUGCUAAAUACCGGUGCUGAGCUCAAUGCGAGAGACAGUAAAAUUGGCUGGACGCCAUUACACUGUGCAGCUGCGAUUGGGGACGUGGAAUUGGUGGAGUUGCUCAUCGCAAGCGGCGCCGACGUUAGCGAAAAAGAUCGCGAGGUUGGCUGGACACCACUGCAUCUCGCAGCAAUGAAUGGGCAGCAAGAAUUGCUGGAGUUGCUAGUGAAAAGUGGUCCCAAUUAUAAAGCUAAAGAUAGCUACGGUUGGACGCCACGGCAAUUUGCAGAAAUAAAUGGGCAAUCCGAAGCUGUCAAUUUCCCCCCUGCCAGAGAUGAGGGCACCCUCGCAACCAAUAAACGCUGGACACCAUUACAUUGCAUGGCAAUAGAAGGCCCAAAGCAGUUACUAAAGUUCUUGGUCACAAGCGGCACAGAUUUUGAUUUGCAUCAUAAAGAUGAAAAUUGGUCGCCAAUAUUGUUCGCUGCAAAGAAUGGGCUCAGUGCUGCAAUCAAGUGGAUGCUUCAAGAGAACGCCGACUUGGAGAUGAAGGAUGAGUUUGGUGAUACGCCGCUAUUAGCAGCUGCUGCGAAGGGGCAUGAGGCUAUCGUUGAUCUACUGAUUAAACGGGGUGCCAGAAUCAGAGCAAGGGGUGCAUAUGGUUUCACGCCUAUAUCAAAAGCCGUGAAGGAGGGACACGCGGGCGUUGUUGAAAUUUUGAUUGAGAAUGGCGCCAAGGCUGAGGGAGAGAGAUCCGAUCGUCUAAUCCCCCUAUCGUGGGCGUCUAGGAUGGGACAUCUGGGUGUUGUUGAAUUGUUACUUGAGAAAGGCGCUAAAGUGGACGGAAACGGAUCUAACGACAGUGAUGAUGGGUGGAGUGAAGAUGAGGGAGGUGACCACGUCAGAAGUGAUGAUGGAAUUGAUGACGAGGAAAGUGAUGAUGGGUUUAGUGAUGAUGAUGAUGAUCGGAAUUUUGAUGAACUGCCUGAUGCGCCUGAUUGGCUAAUCGGCAUUGGCAAACCUAAGGCAAAAAGCGAUUGUGGCAUGACGCCGCUGUCCUGGGCCGCUAGAAUGGGGCAUGAGGCUGUUGCUAAAUUGCUACUUCAGAAAGGCGCCAAAAUCAAGGGAAAUGCUGAUGGGGAUAGUCCGCUAUCAUGGGCCGCUAGGAAGGGGCACGCGGCCGUUGCUGAACUACUGCUUGAGAAGGGUGCUCAGGUCAAUGGAGAGGAUUUUGAUGACCGGGCCCCCCUAUCAUGGGCGGCUAAUAGGGGGCACUUAGCUGUUGUUGAACUGCUACUUGAUAAAGGCGCUACAUUGGAUGGACAUGGAUAUCCAGACAAUGAGUCAGAUGGAGAUGAAUAUGGUCGGACGCCGCUAUUAUGGGCCGCUAAGGGGGGAUAUCCGGAUAUUGUUGCUCUGCUGCUUCAGAAAGGCGCCGAUAUCGAGGCGAAGGAUGAGGAGAAUCUAACGCCACUAUUUCAUGCCAUUGAAAAUGGGCAUCAGGCUGUUGUUGAACUUCUGCUUCAGGAGGGCGCGAACUUCGAGCAAAGAUUAAAUGAUCUCGCGACGCCGUUACAGGCCGCUGUUGCGAUGGGAUAUUUGGCUAUUGUGACGCUACUGCUUCAAAAAGGUGCUGACAUGGAGGCUAAAGGUCCUGAUGGUCGGACGUCGCUGUUUGCUGUCAUCGACGAGGGGGAUGAAGCUAUCUCUAAAUUGCUAAUUCAGAGAGGCGCCAACAUCGAGGCAGUGGAUGCUCAUGGGAGAACGCCACUGAUAUAUGCCGCUCAUAAGGGGCGCGAGGCCAUCAUUAAAUUACUGCUUCAAAAAGGCGCUAGGAUCGAGGCACGGGAAAAAUAUGGUCGGACGCCGCUAUUAGCUGCUGCUCGGAAUGGGUUUGAGGCUGUUGUCAAGUUGCUGCUUCAGAAUGGUGCCAAUAUCGAGUCCCAGGAGAGCUAUGGUCGGACGCCACUGGUUUAUGCCACCGAGAAGGGGCAUGAGGCUAUUGUGAUAUUACUGCUUCAGGAAGGUGCCAACAUCGAGGCAGCAGACCAUUUUGGCUGGACGCCACUGAUCUUUGCCGCUGAUAAGGGGCAUGAGGCUAUUCUUACAUUGCUUCUUCAGAAAGGCGCCAAUAUCGAGGCACGACAGAAAUAUGGUUGGACGCCGCUAUUAGCUGCUGCUCGGAAUGGGUUUGAGGCUGUUGUCAAGUUGCUGCUUCAGAAUGGUGCCAAUAUCGAGUCCCAGGAGAGCUAUGGUCGGACGCCACUGAUCUAUGCCACCGAGAAGGGGCAUGAGGCUGUUGUGAUAUCACUGCUUCAGCAAGGUGCCUACAUCGAGGCAGUGGAUCAUCAUGGCUGGACACCACUGAUCUUUGCUGUUGAUAAGGGGAAUGAGGCUAUUGCUGCAUUACUGGUUCAGAAAGGCGCCAACAUUGAGGCAGUGGAUAAACGCGGCCGGACGGCACUGCAAUUUGCCAUCAAGAACAAACAUCGGGCCAUUACUGCACUUCUACUUCAGGAAGACGCCAAAAUUGAAACAGAGGAUAAACAUGACUUAACGCAGCUCUCGGCGCGUGACAACAUGCUGGUUGAGGAUCGGAGGAGAUACAAAAGAAAGGAACGAGACCAAUGGAAACAAUCCCUUCCUCUGGACGUCGUUGAGAUAAGAAAGCAAGAAAGGAGAAGACGAAGAAGCCUUGAAGUAUGUAGAUCAACAGACUCAUUAGUCGCUUAA